AUGGAAUCGCGUGGAAAGCAUCUUACAAAUUUCACAGCUGUAACCCAAGCUCCUCCUGUAUGUCCAAACGGCACGUUGGAUGUUAUUGCAAGGAAUAAUGGCAGCGAUCUCCUAAUGUACUCCCGUUUUGCUCCACCUAUCAAUGAAAUGGUGGAGAAGGUCAGUUACCCAUUAUGGUGUUCCCUGGGGUUGCCUGGAAGCCUACUCAGCAUUUAUGUUUGGUCAAGACGGAAUAUGCGAAAGCAGGGCAGCGUCGCAGCCGCUGUUUAUCAAGCUGCAUUAGGAUGGGUGGAUCUAUUUUUCUUUCUUGUGCAAUUGAUGUGGUAUCUGCAUACUGCUUGGCGGCUACGAACACUCGACCAUUCCGUGAUAUGCGAGGGAUUCGCCAUUGCCAACUACCUAAUUCAGUAUGCCAGUCCAAUGCUAACGCUUGUAUUCACGGUGGAAAGGUACAUUGCAAUUUGUUUUCCGUUUCGGGCUGGUGCUCGAAAUUUUGGCAAUAGUUGUAGAAGCGCUCUCCAUGUUGUUCUGGCAUCAAUCGUAUUUUGUGCUCUUUUGGCCAGUGUUCAAGGGGUCUUUUACACAAUCACCAAUGGGAACUGCGGUUUGCGGCCUGAUUUUGAGCAGGAGGGUGAGCCUGAAUGGCUCUUUUACACGGGAUGGAUUAUGUUCACGGAGCUUCUUAUGUUUGGCCUUGUUCCAAUAAUUUGCCUGAUUCUUAAUAUUCUAGUUAUUCGGGCUUUGCAUAAAAUUUCUCAUGAUGAGGCAGCUGCCUCAAAGCGGGAACGGCUCUUGCCAAGGCCACCAACAACUACUAGCUGUAAUCGUUAUUCCACAACAAGCUCCGUUUAUCUCCCUCAGCUAGAGGCCUCAUUCAAUGAACGACAGAGUAAACAGUCAAGCACUCUUACCCUUCUCUGUGUCUCUUUCUACCUCAUAUUCGCUCACCUAUCCGUGGCAGUAAUGGUCGUGCUUUACAUUAUUUUGCCCAUGGGGGAUACCUGCAUGACCGAUGAGGAGAUAUCCAAGGAUCCAACAUGGCGCCGACACUUUCGGUUCUUUACUGUCCGUUCGCUUAUCGAGUCUUUCGGCAUAUCGCACUAUGCU